AGCCACUGGGUAACUACUUGAUGACUAUGAGUGUUUCAAAUAUAAUUAUAUAUACCUGAAUAGAGGACCAUUUCUUUCUCUAAUUAACUCACUACAUACGUAAAUCCCGAUUAACUGUGCUGAACAUAUGGCACUUUCCCUUGCUUCUUCUUCUUCUUCCUCACCUCUUACUACUCGAUAUGAUGUUUUUAUCAGUUUCAGAGGCGAGGACACGCGUAACGGUUUUACCAGCCAUCUUCAUUCUGCUCUCCUCAGAAAUCGGAUCGAGACGUUCAUAGAUUACAGAAUCCCGAAAGGAGGUGUCGUCUGGAACGAACUUGUUGAAGCCAUCAGAGACUCAAAGUUGUUUGUUGUCAUCUUCUCCGAAAACUAUGCUUCGUCUAGCUGGUGCUUGAGAGAGCUGGUUGAGAUCAUGAAGUGCAAGAAAAAGAAUGAACAAGUUAUUGUGAUUCCAGUGUUCUAUAAAAUAGAGCCCACACGUGUUCGCAAGCAGAGUGGAAGUUACCGCAGAGCCUUUGAUGAGCAUGAGAGAUCCUCCAACCGUAAACAUGUGCAGCAAUGGAGGACGGCACUCACUGAAGCUUCGGAUCUCUCUGGCUUCACUUGCAAUCACCACAGGCAAGAAGCUGAGUUGAUCGAUGAGAUUGUGAAAGCAAUUUUUCCAAAUCUGAAUAGCAAUUGCUAUAGAGAUGAACUCAAAAGCCCUUUUAUUUGUAACAGAAACUAUACUUCUGUUAAAUCCUUAUUGAAAUUCAAGUCAGAGAAAGUUCUUGUGAUUGGAAUUUGGGGUAUGGCCGGUAUUGGCAAGACAACUAUUGCUACUACUCUUCUUCAUGAGUGCUCCUCAGAAUACGAAAGUCAUUGCUUCUUAGCCUUUUCAAAAAAUUUAGAACGAAAAGGUCUUAAUCACAUAUGCGCUAAACUUCUUUCUAGAUUGUUAAAUGAAGAUCUUCGUAUCGAUAAUAUUCGAGUAAUACACUCUAGUAUUAUCCGUAAAAUCAAGCAUAAGAAGGUUUUUGUUGUGCUAGAUGAUGUGACUAAUUCACAAAUUGCAGUUGAUUUAAUUCAACUCUUUCGUAACUGCCUGAGUUCUGGUAGUAAAAUUAUUUUGACAACAAAGGAUAGAAAUGUACUUACAAGUGGAGGAGUUGAAGAAAUUCAUGAAGUGAAGGAAAUGAAUUUUGAGGACUCUCUUAAACUUUUUAGCCAUAAUGCCUUUUGUGAUUCUCAUCCUAAAGAGGAUUAUUAUGAGCUAUCAACAAGAGUCGUAGCAGAUUAUGCCAAAGGAAUACCAUUAGCAUUAAAUAUUUUGGGAUCAUUUCUUCGGACCAGAGGAAAAAGUGAAUGGGAUAGUGCAUUGAGAAAAUUACGAAGGUAUCCCAAUCCAGAUAUUCAGCAAGUGUUGAGAUUGAGUUAUGAUGCAUUAGAUGAUGAUGAGAAAAACAUCCUUUUAGAUAUUGCAUGCUUUUUCCACGAUCAUGAGAUGAAGAAAAUAACAAGAAUAUUAAAGUCUUGUGGUUUCUAUGCAGACAUAGGGAUAAAAAGUCUGUUGGACAAGUCUCUUGUAAGUAUUUAUUCAAAUGGUCGUGAUGAAUGCAUAAAAAUGCAUAGUUUGAUACAGGAAAUGUGUCGGAAAAUCAUUCAUGAAGAAUCUAGCAAAAAUGGUGGUCGACAAAUAAGACUGUGGAAUACCGAAGAAGUCUGCAAUAUUUUUCAAAAUGAAAGAGAUAUUUAUGGAGUUGAAAGCAUGAUUGUGGAUAUGAAUGAAAUUACAAUAGAUCCACGUAUAAUCAUCAUUGCAUUAAGAAAGAUGCCAAAGUUAAGGUUACUUGCUUUAAGAGGAAAUAUCAACAUGGAUCUUGAAGGGAACAGAGUGUUUCUACAGGAUUUUCAACUUCCUAAUGACUUAAGGUAUAUUGAGUGGAAUAAAUGCCCACUUAACUUUGUGCGGUCGAUUCCUUGGCCUCAAAAACUUGUUCAGCUUUCUAUGCCAGAUAGCAAUGUUCAAAAACUUUGGGAUACACCACAGAAUCUACCAAGUUUGGAGAUUAUUGACCUCCGUGGCUGCAAACGCUUGAUAGAGUGCCCAAAUUUAGCAGGUGCCACGAAUCUCAAAUUAAUAUCACUCUAUGGCUGUGAAAGCUUACAAGAUGUUCAUCCAUCUAUUUUCUCUCUCCCCAAGAUUCAAAAUCUAUAUGUGAACUUUUGCACAUCCCUCAAGAGGCUUUGCAGUGGUUAUUGUUCUCCCUCUCUCUGUACCUUGUGGGCCAUUGGUUGCUGCAAUUUGGAAGAGUUCUCAAUCCCGAUCAUGAGUGAUCAUUCCAACCUCACGUUAAUUUUACCAGCAACGGCUUUGACUGAAGUGCCAUCCACUAUUAUGCAUCUCAAAAAUCUUGAGUGGUUCGGUUUUAACAUCAGUUACUCUCUUCAGAAACUUCCUCUAAACUUUGCCUCCAAAAUUUCGCUUAAGGAUCCAAUAAAACAUGAAGAUGACACAUGCAUCAUGUUAAGUAGAAUAUUGCCCACCCCUGCCUUCUUGUCUCUCAAGCAAUUAUCUUUCUUCGAAUGCAAGAGCUUGUCUAAACUCCCAGACAACAUUCAUGUCUUACAAUCAUUACAACUAUUACAUCUGCAAAGUUGUCAUGUCAUUACAAGUUUGCCAAAAAGCAUUAAGAAUCUUCAACAGCUCAUGGGACUUGUGAUCAUGGAUUGUAAAAUGCUUCAAUACGUACCUCCACUUCCCCCAUCUAUUAUAUACUUUAAUGCACUAAACUGCAAAUCUUUGGAGACACUCUCAAGUUUAACCAGUGAACCACCCAGAGAAGACCAUGCAUGGUUUGAAUUCCAUAACUGCACAAAGUUGGCUGAUGAUGCAUAUGAAGCAGUUUUGAAAGACUUGAAAUCCAGGAUAGAACUUGUGGCAAAUAAUGAUGGAUAUCCGCAUAAUGAAGCAAGACACUUCUACUACUAUUUACCAAGUAAAGAGAGCAUAAUUAAUGAGUGGUUCCCUGACUACUACUCUAGAGAAGCUUCGAUCAUUGUUGAAGUUGCUCCAGAUCACAAGAUUUCUUCUUGUCUUGUUGGCUGCAUCUUGAUUUCUCAAUACCAAUCUUGCAACCUUACGAAGAAAAAUGUGAUAUUUGGAUGGGAAUGCUACUUGGGAAAGGGUUGCAACGAGUGGGAAUUGAUCGCAACUUCUGCCGAUGGAGUAUCCUUGCACGGUUAUUUUGUCGAAGGGAUUCAAUUGGAAAUGGUAUCAGAUCAUAAGGUAGUAUGGUAUGAUGGAGAGGGUUCCAACAAGAUAACGGAAGCAAUCAAAGAGAGAAAGAGGGACACGGCUUGCAAUCCUAUCCUUAAAUUUGAGUUCUAUGCAAAUACAGAAGAUAAUGAGAAAAUAGUGAUAAAGGGGUGUGGGAUCCGUUGGAUGCAUGUCCAUGUCAAUGAUGAUGGAGAGAUUAGUCCAGAUGCCACUCAUGAGGGAUAUGAAUCUCAUGACUCAGAGUUGGAGGACCUUGAGAGUGAGACUGUCAGAGAACGGAAAAUCGGAAAAAGAGUGCAUUUACAUUGUGAUUCCAAAGAUUACUGUGAUGGAGAACAGAGACAGAAAAAAAGAUAUAAAAAAAGAAUACUCCAAGAAUAGUGCAAUAUUUUCCUGUUAAAUUAAGAGCGAGAAGAACAUAUCAUAUGAGAAUUCGACGAGAAAGGCUUCAUUUGGGAACACCCAAACUUCCUUCAGUUCAUUAUUGUUGUAAUAGUCGUCUAUAUAUUUGGUCUUUUUAUAGCACACUUUCUCUGAGAACACACCACUACUUAUUUUUACUCAAUUUAUUGUUGUUCAAUUUUCCUGUCAACUCGGCAGUGCAGUUUAAUUUGUAUAUUGUUUUUGGCACUUUCACAUUCGGUUUUAUACUCAUAAUAAGAUAUUAUC